UGGCUGGAAGUUGGUAGGAGAGAGGUUCAGAGUUUUAGUAGGUAGGCUAGAGUUUUCGAAUUGAUCAAUUUUGAUAACAAGAACAUUAAUUUUAGAUAUGUCAAUCAAGAUUAAUCAUUUAGAGCCAGAAGUAAUUUUGUAUCUAAUUCUCACAUCAAAGCUCUUAACUUUUUACGACUCUUGACAUAUUAUUUCAAAACUCAAUUGUUAUUAAUAAAUACAUCCUCUUUAUGCUCCAUUUUCACACCAAUAAGAAUGUAUAUUUGUUCCAAUUUAUCUAAAUUUAUAAUCCCAGAAUAAAUUAUUAUAAGUAUAAAUGUUCAUUCUGACUUGGCCUUUGGGUAAUAAAAAUUGUCUAAAGAGUUCUUAAUUUUGCUACAAAAACAACUAACUUAUAUUUUAUUUUAACCACUUUCCUAAAAGGAGGUGGCUUACAACAAGUUUUGACCUCACUAAAUAUGCUGAAAAUUUAGUGAUUUCACUUAUAUCUCCACAAAUGUGGCCAUCUCUAGCCAGGAGGCAGCCGAGGCUGCCUCCUGGAGAAGAUUGCAUGAUUUGUUGUAAAAUAUGGAUAACUCAAAAUCGUGUUAUUAAUAGUAGUAAAAAGUUCAGAAAACUUAGAGACGAACAAAGGUCAGAAUUUCAGCACGCCGAAGGAUUUUGUAAGAGGUUAUCCGAUAUGAAUGGAACUUAAAGUAGAUGCAUACACCAGCACCAGCCACACUUCCCGCUUAAGCCCACUAAAAUUCUACCUGCCCCAGCUGCCCCAGCUGGGGCAGCUGAUUAAAGAUCUCUACUGCUGGAAUUUUAGCUGGUGACUUG